GUGUUCACCGGAGAGAUCCUUCCCCUCCUCUUUGCCUUGGAGACAUGACUUACCUGCUAGAAGAGCAAUUAUCCACCAAGGAGAUCAUUGCUUUCCUCCUCCAUCAGGCUUUCUGAAUCAAAGAUGACAUCAUCUCCUAUCUCCAGGGAAGUGGAAGUCUCAGGGAGACUGAUGCCCUGUGGCUGCUGAAAACCCACACCCAGACUAUCAUGAACAUCAUUAAAAAGCUCAGCCAGGACACAAAAAAAAGGGUAGAUGAAAAGCUCCUAAUUCUGUCACUAAAACUAGAAUAAAUGGAUAAACCACAGAAAUAAGAAAAGCAGUUGAACUAGACGAAAAGUGAUGAAAAAAGACUUCAUGUAAGAACUGCCAGAUUUAAAAGACAGAUCAGAAAGGAGCUUGAGGAAGUGCAAAAUGAAUACAGAUCAGGUGAGAAUGAGAUUUCAUGCAAGUUAUUUUAGAAAGAUAUUUCUACAGUAACUUGCUACUGAAGAAACCACUUUCCAGUAAAGACAGAUAUUAAAAUUACUCUCUCUCCCAAACCCCAUAUACAAAGGUGUAUGGGUUAGCCCAUUUGUCUUUGCAAACAGUCGGUGUGACUUUUCACACACGAGUUGCAUUCCCCACCUACGAGUUUCAAGAUAAGACCAUUUAAAGGCAAUUUCACAACCGGUUUUCCAGAUUUUUUUUAAGAGCACCUAUUUCUUCUGUUAGCAAGAUCCUCGACCUUCGUAGGGAGUCAAAAGUCAUUCACUCUUGCACAGAUCCUGCUGCUGUGAUCAUGUUUGAUGGUUUUAUGUUAUUUCCAUGCUUUACUCCCUAUUCUCAACCAACAGCAUCUGGGUGAGUUACAGCUACCAACACAGACCACGCAUUGUGCAAGUGAAGAGCGAAGCAGUCAGAUGACAUUGCUGAUACAUGGCAGUGCUUUUUAUGGGGAUAGUCAUAGUAAUGUCUCUCACAAAGCAUGAGCUACUUUACCAGAUGAUUCUGGCUGUUCAACUUCCAGCAGCAAAUAGAAAGACUUUCACCUGGCACUGAAUACAUAGUCUUCACAAAAGAAGAUUUCACCCACUGUAAUGUACUCUGCAUCACUCAAAUCUUAUCUAUAGUAAUACCCUUCAUUUGCAGCUGCUCAUGGAAGCACAGUGGACAUAGCAGGUUAUCCAAAAAGAAAUAACUCAGCCCUCUCUUCAAGAGAACAGAUGGGUGAAAAUCACUACAGGACUAUUUCACAUCUUGCAUGUUCUCAGCUGGUUCUCAUCUGGUUCUCAUUUUCCAGGUUGUCUGUGAUAGAGGACUCCAGCUCUUCAGCUCCAGCUCCUUCAUCAUCUGCAACCAACCCACAAACCCUGCUUGAAGGCUGUAGUAAACCAAGCUCUCUUUUAGUUAAGGUCUUUGUGUAUCUUGACAGGGCAAGGCUUAGCUGUCUACAAGAUCUUCUGAGUGAGCUCAAGACAGCUUCUCAAAGAAAGCUGUGGUUAAGAAAUUUCAGGAUAAAAUAUUUUGGUGCCAAAAGAGUUCCUAACUUCAAAUUCCUGCUAGUGGAAAUUAAGGACAGAAGAGAACCGUUUAUACCAAACUUUGGCCAUGAUUGUGUUCAAACUCAAG